AUGGACCCUGCGCAUUCAGACGGUGUCAUCUUCUGGAAGGAAAGUUAUCUCAUGACAAUUUUGAAACAAUGGCACCAAGAGAAGGGGAACGAAUAUCCGAGGUGCAAAUUCAGUAAAAUUCUGGGGUCAAUGGUCUGGAAAGUGUUUGAUCGGCAGGGCAAUGAGGUCGAGCUGGCAUGGUACCUCGUCACCAAACCGCGCAAGUACUAUGCGCUCGUGUUACAUGAGGCGGAUGGCACGGCGAGAUUCGUGUACUGCGAUCCGCCUCAUCGCACUGUCCAUGGCACGUACCUUAGGCCAUGGUCAGGCGUCAAUGAGAAAGAGGAACUAGAGCACUGCGCAGUUCGAGUGUUUAGCAACGACUUGAAAGAAAUUGAAUACUCUGCGGAAGCCUGGGACCACCUAAAGGAGCUCCAGGAUUUCUCAGGCGAGGAUGCCACAAGACCUCCUUCGAUCACCCGUCCCAAAACUCCGAAAGAUAAAACAGACACAAGGAAGUCAGUUAAAGCAGGUUCCUCGACAAGAUACUCGAUGAGAGGUCGCACAAUUGCGAGCGCAGAAAGUUCAGUCGGGGCAUCGUCAUCUUCAUCGGAAGAAGGUUCAUCUUCGGAAGAAGAGAAAUAUGUGCCCUCACCACCACAUAAACGACAUAAAACUACCGACACCAGCAAUACGAGCAACACCACUGAGCCUAUGAAGCCUAGCAAGGUUGUAUUUAGGCUUGGGUCUCAGAGAGUCAUCGGAGCGAUACGUUAUAUCCCACUGGACGAGUGUAGAUCGAGGAAGGAGCUAUUUGAUAAAGCCACGGCAUUCUAUCAGGCUUGCGACAGAGACGCCCAGGUCAAGAUACUGGUAUGCCAGAUCUCGUCACAGCGUGAACAACACUAUCUGUUCGAAGACAGUGACGGAGAGUUUCGACUCUUAGUUGAGCAGGCACAGAGUCUGGAGGAUAGCUUGGACCGGAUUGUGAUUGACGUUCUGCACGUAUUACAGACAUGA